UUCUCCUUCGCUUUCUCUCCACAUCCUUUGGGAUCUUCUCUCUUUCCAUCUUUGUUCAUACCAUUUCUUUAUCUAUUUGAAAGAUUUGAUGAUCCAAUCCUUGUGCUAAAGAAAUUUAUAAAAUCUAUGGUACUUUGUUGUAUGUUUUUGAACAAAUUGAUGUUAGAGAGAGAGUUUGCAUUUUUUUUUUCAUUGAGACAAUGGGAAUGGAUGGAAGGAUUGAGAAAUCUUGAUAUCAUAAUGUGUUGUUAAAAAUCUUCAAACAUCUAACUUGACCGAAAAAUGAGUUGUUUUUCGUGUUUUUCAUCAAAAGGAAAGAGAAGAUCAAGGAGACAUGCAAGUCGAAGAGCAAAAAGCCCAAUUGUACACCGUGAACCACCUCCCGCUGAAAACAGGAAUCAUAAAGCUGUUACACCAAAUAGAAGAAGCAAAGAAAAUGGCAAUAAUCCUGCUGCCAUAAAAACAGACACCGGCGACAAAAUUGCGGCUCAAACUUUUACUUUCCGGGAACUAGCUGCCGUUACAAAGAACUUCCGGCAAGAUUCUCUCAUCGGCGAAGGUGGAUUCGGGAGAGUUUACAAGGGAAAACUUGCUAAAACCGGCCAGGAUGUGGCUGUGAAGCAACUGGAUCGAAAGGGGUUGCAAGGAAACCGUGAAUUCCUAGUCGAAGUUUUGAUGUUAAGCCUUCUUCAUCAUCCGAAUCUGGUGAGUUUAGUAGGGUAUUGCGCAGAUGGUGAUCAAAGAAUUCUCGUGUACGAGUAUAUGUCUGCAGGCUCACUAGAAGAUCAUCUAUUCGAUCUUCCUCCAGGGAAAGCACCACUACCCUGGUUCACAAGGAUGAAAAUCACGUUAGACGCUGCAAAAGGUCUAGAAUACUUGCACGAUAAAGCUAACCCGCCUGUUAUUUAUCGUGACUUAAAAUCUUCCAACAUCUUACUCGAUCAAGAUUACAAUGUCAAACUCUCCGAUUUUGGGCUAGCCAAGCUUGGCCCAGUUGGGGACAAAUCACAUGUGUCAACAAGAGUAAUGGGCACAUACGGAUAUUGUGCGCCCGAGUAUCAAAGAACGGGACAAUUAACAGUUAAAUCUGACGUUUAUAGCUUUGGAGUUGUACUGUUGGAGCUCAUCACAGGACGGAGAGCCGUUGAUACAACAAGGAGAAAUAAAGACCAAAAUCUAGUUACUUGGGCAGACCCAAUUUUAAAGGACCCACAAAGGUUUGGUGAACUUGUUGAUCCACUAUUAAAAGGAGACUACCCAGAAAAGGGUUUGAGCCAAGCAAUAGCGGUUGCAACCAUGUGUCUAAACGAGGACGCAUCGGUUAGACCAUUGAUCAGUGAUGUGGUUACUGCCCUUACUUUCCUUGGAGACAAAACCGACACGAUAGAGUUAAUUGAUUCUCCAAUUGAACCAUCACCAUCUCGACCUUUCUCCUAUAUGAAUGAACAACAUAAGGCACGUGUUAGUGAUCAUCGAGAACAAGAGGUUGCAGAAGCCAAGGAAUGGGGUAUGACUGUAAGGACGGGUGCGAUGUCAAAUUCAACACGUUAAAUUAUUUGUUACAAAAAUUAUAUUGUUAUAGAAAUAGUAUGGCAUUUUUGUUUUUCCA